AUGGCCUCAGGAAGUGCACCAGAUGCCACCUUCCAAGAUCAGCCAACGGUUGAGUCCCAGAACCAGCCAGAGGCUCGACCACAUGAGCAGGCGCAGGAUCAACAGCUGUCUCAAACCCAGGAUCUGUCGCAGGCUCAGCCACAAGAUCAGCCACAUGAUCAGCUGCAGGCGCAGCAGCAGGCGCAGCAGCAGGCACAGCCACAUGUGCAACCGCCACCCGAGCCGCAGGAUCAGCAGCAGUCUAGGCCAGAGGUUCAGCCACAAGGAAAGUCACAGGCACCGCCAAAGCAUCAGCAGCAGGCUCAGCAGCAGGCUCAGCCGCAGGCUCAGCUGCAAGCUUAUGUUGCGCCUACGCCGGUCGUCAAAGAGAAGAGCUUCGGCGUAGUCCUUCUCCAGAUAUUUAGCAUUGCUAUAGCGAGCGCACUGUUCUUUGUCAUGGUCGUGGUCGUAUUCAAACACCGCAAGCUCGCAGUGGCUGCAGGAUCCGGCGGUAAUCUGUGUGCCAGCAUGGCAUGCGACCGACUAGCGGGGGCACUCAUCUCCAGUCUGCAGCCCGAGUUGGACCCCUGCGACGACUUUCACGCAUUCGUGUGCGGACGGUUCACCGGAAUGCAUGCUACCGGUACCGUCUUCAGCGACAUGAAGGCCGAACUGUGGAGGCUUGUCAAAGACAAGGUCGUCACAGGCGCUGACCCGACCUUUGCUACGGUGACAACCACGCCCCCGCCCUCGCAUCAUUCCAUCCUGAACAAAAUUCAGGCUCUGUUCGCGUCUUGCCUCCGGCCUCCCGUCAACGACUCCACUACACCACUGAAGGCCUUCGUCGACAGCCAGGGACUCGGAUUUCCCGGGAAAGUCCCGGCGACCGACGUCUUGCUGACCAUGCUGCGGCUCUCGUACCUGUACGACGCUUACUAUGCUACCUUCAGGGCAUCGGUGAACAAGCGCUACGUUUGGUGGUUGGCAGACAGGCCCGAAAACGUCUCCUUCAGCUACCGCGUGUUGCUGGACGUCUACGGCAAGGUGGAGAACGCGGACCAAGUCGUCCAGCGCAUAAGUGACACCGAAAACGUGGUGCGCCGACUAGCGGAUGCCGCGACCAAAAAGAAUGCAUCGGCGCACGAACUCAUUGUGGAAGAGAAGGAUCUCCACUACUACGGAAAUGGCGCCGUGAGGGCGCUCCUGUCGAGCCUGCGGUCGUCGCUGCCAUCCGAGACGCUUCAACUGCUGGUGUCGUGGGACGUGGUGCGCACCAUGGCACCCCUCGUCUCCCCGGCCACUGUGCCCGCAGAGGGAGGCACGCGCUUCAGCCGCUGCUGGAGUCUCGUCCAGCGCAGCCUCGGGGUCCCUGCUGUCGCCGCGUACCUGCUCGACAAGCUAGCUCCCAACACGACGGAAGAGAUUCUCAAGAUGACGAAGGAGCUGCGCGCCACGUACAACGCCCUCUUCAGCAACGAGGCCUUCAUUUGGCACUCCGCGCCCAAGUCCGUCCUCUCCGAGUUCCAGGAGCUUCAAGCGACGCCGCUGUUCUUUGCUUCGGGUGUUCGAUCGAAGGAACAACUGGACGCAUUUUAUGGAGCCUAUCCUUACGCUCGCGAAGACGACAGCUUCCUCGACACCUGGAUCAAGGUUUGCCAACUGGCCGACGAGACGCAGAGGAAUGCUAGUGGGCUCGACCUCGACAACCUCUUGAUGCCCAACGCGCUGACUCUCGCCGCCACCACGUCGAACAAGAUCCUGCUGCCGGCCCCUGCCCUGCUGCUUCCGCUCUUCUCCACUGACGGCCUGGUUUCGACCAACUUCGGCGGCCUCGGACACGUUCUAGCGCAUGGAAUGCUCCGCAAGCUCCAUAAUGGACUGGUCGGCGCCAGCAAGAAUAGCAGUUCGGACCUGGAACGGUACAAGGCGCAUUUGGAGUGUGUGCAGCACUCGCCGAUCAACGAGUCCUUGUCCUCAGCUCCAGACGCUGACGGCGCAGCCAACGCAGAUUGGACGACAGGAAUCAGCGGCGUUGCGGAUCUCGUGGGCCUACACGUCGCCUACGAGACAUUCUCCGCGCGAAUGCAGCGCCGUACUUUGCCGUCCACUAACCUGACCGAAAAGCAGGCCUUUUUCGCCGUGUCCUGCUUCAAGUUCUGCAGCAUGGCGGCGGCGGGAACGAGAUCCGCGACGCAGACUAGUGGACCGGUUGUGGCUAGUGGGGCGUCCACUGUGUCUCGCGAACGGUGCAACGCGCCUUUGAAGAACAUGAAGGCCUUCGCGGACGCCUUUAAGUGCAAGACAUCGUCACCGAUGAAUCCGGCCAGAAAGUGCACGUUCUGGUGACCGUGACGCCCGGCGGUCGCAUCACGGUGCGAGGCUCACAGACGCACUAGAACAGGCUCUUGGCUGCAGAAUUAAUACGGGAUGUUUGGCAAGAAAUAA